GGAGUAUAUUCUUCUGAGUCGGCACGUAGGACGUGACAAGGAAAGCUCCGGAAACAUGGCCGCCACUGUGCCCUCGCACGGCGCUUCCUCUAGUGUUCGGCUCCGGAAGUGGUGUGUGUGCGGCUCCUCAGGAUGGCUGCUGUAGACAUCAGAGAUAAUUUGCUAGGUAUAUCCUGGGUUGAUAGUUCUUGGAUCCCCAUAUUAAACAAUGCGACUGUGCUUGACUACUUCUCAGAGAGGAGCAACCCCUUCUACGACAGGACCUGCAAUAAUGAGGUGGUGAAAAUGCAAAGGCUGACACUAGAUCAUCUCAAUCAGAUGGUUGGCGUGGAGUAUAUUUUGCUGCAUGCUCAGGAGCCCAUAUUGUUUAUCAUCAGAAAGCAGCAGAGACAAUCUCCUACACAAGCUAUUCCACUUGCAGAUUACUAUAUUAUUGCUGGAGUGAUCUACCAGGCUCCAGACUUAGGAUCUGUUAUCAACUCCAGAAUGCUUACUGCAAUUCAUGGGAUCCAGUCUGCAUUUGAUGAGGCCAUGUCUUACGGUCGUUAUCAUCCAUCUAAAGGGUACUGGUGGCACUUCAAAGACCAGGAAGAGCGAGAUAAAGCGAAACCAAAGGCUAAAAAGAAGGAAGAAGCCAGCUCGCUUUUCCAGAGGCAGAGAGUAGAUGCUCUCCUGCUAGAACUCCGGCAAAAGUUUCCUCCUAAAUUUGUCCAGCAAAAACCUGGGGAGAAGCCAGUACCAGUUGAACAAAUAAAAAAAGAACAGGAACCGCCGGCUGAGAUGGUGAAACAAGAAGAAAAGGAACCAGUUAAAACCCCGCAAGGACAAGCAACAACCAAAGGACCACCGGAAAAACGAAUGAGACUACAGUAGAAUUUGGUUUAAGGUUUCCUCAAAUCUCUGGGGAUCUGCUACAUUGACUGGAAAGUAUUGGAGAAAUGGACAUUGUAAAUAGGCGGAUACGUCGUCAUGGUGUUUAGGUAUGCCAGCCCUGCCACUCUGCACAGGGUAUGGUGAGAAAUGUUUGUACCCGUACCCUUUUGUUAAAAGAGAAAGUUAAAAGAAGAA